UGCCACAAAGUCUCAUUUUCUUUUAAUUUUCUUAUAUCAAUUGACUAACGCUGGCCGUUUUCAUUCCAAUCAUUUAAUCAUGUCUCGCAGCCUUUCCUUAUUUACCGCCGUCAUUCUUGCCAUUAGCGCCAUGAGCGCUGCAGCACCUGUCGAAAGCACGGCUUCCGUCUCAAUUGAUAACAACAUUGCUUCAGUCGAUAUCUCAUUAAAUAAGCGUGAAGAAAGACGAUUCAGAAAGAGAGCAAAGCAUGCCAAGAGAGGUUCUAGUACCUAUUCUGGUACUGCUACUUGGUUCCUUCCUGCUAGUGAAGGUGGAUCUCAAGGUGCUUGUGGUCCUUCAGAAGGCAACAACUCUAACAUUGUCGCUUUGAAUGUCGCUCAAUACGGCAACACAAGCAAGAAAUCAUCAUGGUGUGGAAAGAAGAUUAAAAUUACAGGCCCUAAGGGUUCUACUAUAUCAAAGAUCAAUGAUGCCUGUCCUGGCUGUAGUAAGGGUGACCUCGAUCUUACUCCUGUUGUCUUCAAGAAAGUUGUUGGUGACAUGAAUAAGGGUGUUGGCAAGAUCACCUGGAAGGUUGUCUAAUUUUUCUCUUCGCCACUCUAGAUUUUUUUUAAAAAAAAAGAAUGAUACGAUUUCUUUUUUUUUUGUUACAAAACCUUUUUUUUGUACACUAGCUAAUAAAUCGUCUUUUUACCUAUAUAUA